GUGAACUACACACUUUUGGUACAGCAGUUCCAUUAGUUGCCGUCUUUACCGCUAGACGGCGCACACUGUACUGUGUCUCGUCGGCAACAUAGAGAGUAACAUUUCACUGAUAAAAAUUUUUCGUUCCAGUCGCCUAAAACUGUGCUCGUAGUUUUCUUUAGAAGAAGGAGUUUGUUUGCUAAAUUUGGUAAAAAUCGUAACAUGACGUUAUUCGGAAGUUUCCCCCAGAUUGUGUUAGAAUCUUUAUUAUCCGCUCUGUAAGAAAUGUCGCAAGACGUCGCCACAGUUCGCUGCGAACGAUAUCUGCGGUGUUGAUGGGCCGAGCAAAGCAGUUGGAUGCUGUUGCUUGAGCGGUGCAGUUGUUACCAUUCGGGGGAGGUAUUUCGGUGCACGCUCUCCUCGUCCCUUUCUCUUUAAUUCGAUGUCACGCUCUUAACUCCGAUUUUAAAGUUGCAUCGUUAGUACCGGGCCGCGACAUACGCUACAUGAACGUCCGUAUCUGUCCGUCUCUAUAUGCUGUCCUGUCUCUCCCUCACGGAGCGGGUUGAAAACUCGGCAGCUUCGCAGGGUAUAUUCUCGAAGUGGAAACACCUCGUGAUCGGAGAUAGAAUAAACGUGAAUUCGCACGCGUUUCGAUACCCGGACAGAGAACGUCUGCCGGUGAAAGAGACUCGGAACUCGAGCGUGCAUCACGAUGCAUCUCGUCCCGUGGUUUCUUUGACUGGACGUGAUAGAGUUGUUUCGUGGUGCAACGGAAGCUGGACUGAUUCGGCGAGAAGGUUUAAUAAUAGUUCGCGACAUUUUUCUCACAUCUUCAGCCACGGAAAUGUCACGCUGAAACUGUCCAAGGUAAAUAGCAGCCUGCCAUCGGCCCGAUCAACGAUGAGCCUCAAGGAGGCCAUCCUCUGCAACGAGAAGUCCCUGAAUCCGAGGAGGGCCCAACGUGGCGACUACUGGGUCCUUUACAACUACGUGCCGAUGAGCAUGGCUGUGAGAUGCUGGGAAAGCGUGACCUACACCACUCACGCGGACUACACGUUCCUGGACAAUCUGGAACCGUUGCUAGAGCGAUGGAGGGCGCCGAUAUCGAUUGCGAUGCACGCCCCUGGCACAGACUUCGCGGCGACGCUGGACGCCAUCAAAUACUCGAGAAACUGUGGCAGCCCACUGAUCUCGCAGCUGGUCACCUUUCACGUCUUCUUCAGUAGCAAACACGUGCCAAAAGUGGUACCUCCAAGCGAAAAGGUCAUGUCUGACACGUACAACUGCUCGCUGGGACCGCCAUGGGUGAACGUGACGUUUUCGAAGAUGUACAAAAACGAGAAGAAGCUGCUGUAUCCCGUGAACGUCGGCCGCAAUAUAGCGAGGGAAUCAGCGCCGACGCAUUACGUGUGCGCCAGCGACAUCGAGCUUUAUCCGAGCCCUAACUUGCCCGCGAAGUUCCUCGAGAUGAUCAGGCGGAGAGACCAGCUGAGCCUCUACAAGCCUAACCCGAAAGUUUUUGUACUGUCCAUCUUCGAAGUGGACGAGAAGAGCCAGCCGCCUAAUAACAAAACUCAGUUGGCUCAGAUGUUGAAGGCUGGCACGGCUAUUCCUUUCCACAAGAAGCUAUGCUCCAGCUGCCAUAACGUUCCUCGAAGCAAAGAGUGGCAGGAAGCGCCGGAAACCGAAGGUCUUCACGUGUUCCACGUUGGUAAACGGACUGGCAGCUUCGUCCACUGGGAGCCGAUCUUCAUAGGGACCAAUCAUGAUCCUCUCUACGACGAGAGGCUCAGUUGGGAAGGAAAAAGCGACAAGAUGACACAGGGUUACGCGUUAUGCGUCCUCGACUACGACUUUCUCAUCCUGGACAACGCGUUCCUUAUCCAUCGGCCGGGUAUCAAGAUCUUCAAGAAGGAUCCACACAGAGAGAUGCUCACCGCCAAGACGAACGCCUUGAUAAAGAAGAUAAUCGUCCCGGAAUUGAAAAUCCUGUACGGUACGCGGAAGGGCUGUGCCGUGUAGCCCUCAGAGAUAAGAGCACGUUGCGUGCUCCAUAGGUGUCCUAUAGUGAAGUGGCAGCACCUGCGACCGUCCUCGACGUCCAGGAUGUCCGUGAUGCAACGAGACACCAGCGAUGGUCGCAGCAAACUUCUUCUGAUCAGACGUGGCUUCGGAGUACAGGUCCACGCUCGCGUUUCCGAUGAACCUGUGAAACGAAUCGUCGGACAUUAUAGAAAAUAACGCCAAUUGACACGGUGCCGAAAAUAGAGAGUAUCUUCAAAGGGACAACCUCGCGUUUGACUUCUCCUAUGAUUGUUAGUUCCUGCAACGAGUUACAUAUUGUACUACAUCACUCCUUCGUUUCUCGCUGACUUUUUUCAUCCUCUUCUUCUUACGCAGUACAAAAUGGCAGCAUGAACAGAACAUCACAGACUCGUGGCGUGUAGUUCUCUUCACUUGUAAAAGGGUCUUGUUACACGUAUUUUUCACCCGGAGGAUAGCUAGAGUAAUUGUACAUACUAGUGUUGAAAACGGUGCCUCGUAUAUAUAUUAUAUAUAUACAUAUAUCUAUACGUUUACAACAAUGUUGUGGUUCGGUGAAUGUGUGCAUUUCUGUUCCCUCUUCUCUUCAAGGGGAGAGAAUAAUUGUUUUAAACGAGCAUCUACGUAUGCAGAAACAUGCCAAAAAGUACACUGCUCAAGUUAAUUAAGCGAUCUUGUAUUUGGAAUGCAAUUCCUUCGAAGGAAGUUUUAUACCGAUAGGAUUUUUAAUGACUUUUGUUUCAAAAUGGGUUAUGAUCCUCUAAUUAUUUUGAACAGUGUAACAGAACUCUGCACUUCUACUUUUAAUUAAGUUUAUUUAUCAUCUCAUAGGAAGUGUAGAGCGUUGCUAUCAUCCAAAUGACUGAAGUCAUAUCUUGUUUUCAUCAGUGAUGUUUCGUUACUCUUAACGUAUUUAUGUUGCAACACAAACCUAUCAUGUAAUAUUAAGCGAUUUGGUUACGAAAUAUGCGAAACCAAAUAAACGUGUAUAAAAUGUAAAGAUGCGUAAUCACACACUUAAGUCAGAUACAACGUUAUUUCGUUAACUGUUUAGUUUUGUGUUCUUCAACGAAUAACGUGGGAAAAGUAAUCGAACACGAAGCCAGAAACAUUUUACUCUCCAAGACUGAAGAACAUUUGAUAACAGUUUACUAGGACAUAUAUCCUAAUAAUCUUUGAACGUCGAGUCAUUAGUUGUUUAACGAUUCUUUACUUAGCGUAAUGAAUUAAUAUUAACGUGUUUCUUUGUACACUUCUAUUGCCGAUGAAAAAUUGGUGCUUCCAAGGGUAGAAAUUGUUUUUUCUAAUCGCUGAAGAAAGUCUCGGGAUGUAAGAAUAAUUUCUCGCGUAAUACGUUACGUAAUUAUGUGCUAAUAUUUUUACUCGAUAACUACUCGAAAAAAGUAUUAUACGUAGAUCACAUUCGGGAAGAAAUAUUUCAACUUUGCGUGUCAUUGUAUGAAUAUCUUAAAUAUUGUAAAUAUGUCUGUACCUUUAAGCGUAAUGUAACUUGUACUAUUUUACACAAUCGGUUAGGUACUGAAUGUGAAUUUCAAUACUCUAAGGUAAGAAACGUGCUGUCAUGAAAUGUUCGACGCGUCCAUGGAUUGCAAAUUGCUAUAAUUUUAUCGACGAAAACGUAAAACAGUUUUCUGAGGUUUCUUCAGGACAUUUAACACGCAGUAUAUUUUCACUUGGUUACAAUAUGUUUUUCUUUUAUCAGUGAAAUCAGAAACUGUCAAACAAGCCAUGGCAGUAAAUGAGUGAGAUAGUAAAAAUGUGCAUAAUCCAACUAAGGGUACUCUCACUAGUCAAAAACUUAAGUCACUAUUUCCUAGUAACCAAUUGUACGUUUAAGUUUUCUGACGUUAACAUGUUGACUGCAUUUACAAUGGGUGGCAUAUAGUUGAAUUUCCAUAGAAAUCCACCAACUAUGUUAUUAACAAUUCUAUUACUUAGUUAAAAAUAAUGAAAAUUUGGUAAAGCAAUGUUAGAUCAAAUUUCCAAUAGCUUCACCGUAGCAAUCAACGUGUUAAUACUGAACUGUUCAAGUGAGUAAGUUUCUUUUUGUGCGAGUACUCUGAAUAGUGUGUGACGCAUGCACAAUGCACACAAUUAUAAUAUUACAAUACUACAUUAUACAUACACACACAUUUGCAACAUCUUUUUUAUCAAUGCCCCGAGUAAUCUGAAAAAGGCUACAAGUGUAAAUAUGAUUUUGUUUUUAAGACUUGGUGAACUAAUAAUGUCAGUAAUGUCUCACUAAUUGGGGCAAUAUUGUGUAAAAAUACUGACUCAUCUUUUUGUGAUAACUAUAGGGCACAAGCUAAUUACUAUUUCAAUUGUUUCACUGAUUAUGGAUAUGAAAAACAGUUUAGUUGAAUUCCAAUUAUCAUAAGAAAACAGUUUUACAAAUUGCAUUUUAAGUGGAUUGAAAUUAUAUGGAAAGAUAUUGGAGAGAAGACAGGGUAUUGUCGUGCAAAAAGGAAAUGAUUUAUAAUUAUAUUUUAUGGUGGAGGUUUAAAUUUCUUUUAAAUGAUUGAUCUACAAAUUAUCAUUUUAAUUUUUAUUAAGUUUAAAAAAAUAUUUAUUUGGUGUAAACACUGCUCAGUAAUUGUACAAUUCUUAUAGAUACCAGUGAUGCAUUUUCACAUAAAGGUCCUGAUAAAUAAUUUCACUUGUGAAAUCAGAUUUCUAUGACAGGAUAAGUUCCUUUUAUGCUCUUGCCUUUUUUUUAAUUCGUCGGGGCUGUGCAAUCCGGUGUAAUGAUUGCUGGUAAAUAAUAAUGUGUAUUCUGUGCCUUAUUGUCUUUAUCUUUAAUGCGUAUAUGCGUAUGCGUGUGCGUUUGAAAGUAGCGUGUUUGACUUGAAAGCACUCUAAAAUACCCACUCAAUUGUAAGUAGUUAAUCAUAAUAAUAAAAAUGUUUCUAAGGUGCGUAUGCAUCUUUGAACUCCUUACUAUAAAAGGUAAAUUCUUACUCUUGCUGGAUCAGUUUCCUUCAAGACUUUCCCAGUGUACCCACUCAAAAUCAAUUCGCAUGAAAAGUUUAGGAAUAUCACAUAAUUUUAAUGAUGCAUGACACCAUAAGACAUUUUAUUAUUAUGACUAACAUAUAAAGAAUUCUUCGUGUAAACAUGAUUUACCUACAAUACGCUUUUUAUAAUAACAAAAAAUGAAAGAAAGAUGUUCUCCAAUGGCAUUUAAUUUCUUCGUAAUACAAUUAGGUUUUAAUUGUAAUUCAACUUCGUUGAAUUUAUUUUUAUCUGCUGAGCACUUUAUUGUAGAGUGCCAGAAUGGAAAAAAAAUUAUAAAAUUAUGGAAGAAAUAAAUAAAAUCACUAUAUAUUAUAAACGUAUGUAUUGUAAAUAUUAAUAGCCAACGGUAUAUAUUUUCAGUGUUAUGCUGUAAAUUUGAAGAAAGUUGAAACAAGAAUUUUUCCAAAUUUGUUACGGAUACUAUAUGAAAGUUUCCUGUGAAUGUUAUCAUCUAAGACACAAUGAAAUAAUCAAACAGAAACAAUAAUGAUUUUAGUAUAAAUUUUAGAUUUCAAUAUGAUCGUUUUAAAGAUAUACAUACAACUUUUAUAAACUUUAAAUAUUCUAUGUGUUUAAUACAAAAGAAUUAUAUGUAUUAUUAGCUAAAACACUUUAUGUUAGGCUGUAUAAAAAUAUAUAUAUUAAUGGUCAAACAUACUGUACAAAACAAUAAUCUAUUAUAGAAGUUACAUUUGAAUGAUACUCUUGGAGAAAGUGAUACUUUAAAGAAAAAAGAAAGUAUUUGUUGUUAAUAUAAGUUAAACUACUAUCGAACAUGUAUAUUAAUUACAUAUUAUAUUUACAUCAAUGUUUCUCUUUGCUAGAAAGUGUUUGAGAAACAUUGUAUCUAUGAACAUAUGUAUAUUAUACUUGUGUAAGCACAUAAAAGAAAUCUUACUUGACUUUGUUUUUGUACAUAUGUACGUAAAAUUGUAUUUUUCCAAAUAACAGGCUAGAAAUAUAAAUACUAUUUGAGUAAGUUUCAAAAGACCUCAGUUUAUCCCUUGAUAACAAUUUAUUGAAUUUCAAUCAUUCUUUUUUUGUACCGUUACAAGGAAUAUUAACAAUUUUCAUCGACUCAAAGUCUCGUGAAGAAAACAUUUACAAGCAUUUGUAUAUUUCAGUUUAUUUUAAUUAAAAUAUACAGAUUUUAAACGUGAUCACACAUUUGUUCAAGUUCGCCUCCUUCGACCUAGUCUUAACCUGAGAUAAACCACUAUUAAUUUUUCGUUCACUACGUGUUUCUGAUUUCUUUAAUAAAUCCCUUCUUUUUCUUGUUAUUUCUUUCAAUUCUCGGAAAAUACUCAGCUUCGAUGACCUAUGUAGCGAAUGUUAUAUCUACAAGCGCAACCAGACGGAUUCAUCCUUUACUACUCCACUCUUUUCUCUAUGUAUAUUAUAAUCAUUUUUUUUUUUUCAUGUAUAUAAAUAAACGCUAGCAAAAAUUUUAUUUAUUUCUUCUCCUAUGAGCAUAAUCAUCUACAAUUUUUAUCUACACGUAUAUAGACACCUUAUAAAUAUACGUGUACAGUUUAUAUAUGUAUUUAAAUAUAUAUUUGUAUAUGUUUAAAUACAUAUUUAUAUAUUUAUAUGUAUAUAUAGUGACAACUUUAUGGCAUGCACCAAGAAGAGACACUCUUAAAGUAUAUACUCUUUAUUUUUUUAUAAGGAUAAGUCUAACAUUCGUUCCUUUUAAAAUUUGUUUUAGUCUUUUAUCGCUUAAUAUCUAAUGAAAAACUUUCUUCUUGGUCCAUGAUGUACUAAUACACUUUAUAUAUAUACAUAUAUAUAUACAAUUAAAUGGUAACUAUUGUAGGCACGUGUUAUUAUUUAUCAUAUAUUCCUCUCGACUCUUUCACAGAACUUAUGUUUCUUUUGCACUGUCUAUAAUGAAACAUAAAAAUAUAAAAAUAUUGAUAAAG